AUGGCACAAACACAAACGCAAUCACAAGCACGCCAAACACACGCUUCAGAACGCUACGAAACAAUCCACCGCCUCCUCCAAAUCCCUCUUAUCAGGGAUGGAUUGGAGUACAGCAACGACGUUCUCCAGCGCUAUCCACUGGCUCAAAGAGCGUGGUCGACGGGCUAUGGCCUGGCAACGGGUGUAUCGCUCCCGCUGCUCAACGGCCCGCUCAACAAACCCGCCCAAAUGCUCGACAUAUACUCGCUCCACCUGCUCGAGUACAUCGCUAGCACGUUCCCGUACGCCUUCCAGAAGAAUACGGGGGAGGUGUACCACGACGUCAAGCAGCCACUUGAUACGGGCAAGCAGCGCAUCAAUGCGGACAUAGUAACCCCGGCGCUCCUCCACAUUGAGAACCUCGUCCAUCGGUUCAUACCGGCGAGUGAGCAAAAGGAUACGCGCGACCUCUCUCCAGCAACGCGCACUAUCCUCCUCAAAAACGAGGUCACGGACUACCUCACCACCGUCAGCACCGACCAGUGGAAGAAGCUGCGUCAGAACGAAUGGGUCGACCACUACGCUGAAUUCGUUGCUGAUCAGACCUCCUCUUUUCUCAAGGCCGUCAGCGAGUCCAAGGAGAACGUCGAGGGGCGCACCAACGACCUCCUCAAUAUGCUCCGUAGCGAGAAGGAGAAGAUCGAGGGACGCGUAGCUAGACUCCCAACCGACGCUCGAAAGCGAGUAGAACCCGCUUUCCAAAGAGUCGAAAACGCCUACAAGGAAAUGACGAUACUCGCGAGUGAUGAAACUAUCCCCGCUAGAGACAAAGCAACGAAACUAGGCGACUUUAUUACUUGUAAUGCCGUUCCCGUCCUCAAGUCCCUCCAGGAAAUGCUCAUCUCCACCGAAAAGGAGCUCGAAAAGACGGUCAACGAUCAGACUGAGAAAUUUGACGAGAAAAAGGAUAAAGGGGACGUUAGAUCUGUUAGAUCUGCUAAGAAGGGUAAAGGGAGUAGUGACGGUGCGUGA